AUGCCAAGAAUUCUGCUCACCAACACCAGGUCGCUUGUAAACAAGCUUGAUGAAUUUCAAGCGAUCCUGUCCACUUCCAGUGUUGACAUCGCAGUUGUGACUGAAACAUGGUUUACUCCACAGCUACCAGCCGAACUGACAUCCAUACAGGGUUUUAACGUCUUUUCUAAAUGCAGAAGUGACAAGCGAGGAGGAGGAGUCGCGGUGUACACUAAGGAGAACAUUCCCUCGAAGCAAAUGGACGUUGCCGUCCCAACAGAACUUGAGUGUGUUUGGGUGCACAUCCGUCCCCACUGGCUCCCGAGAUCUGUGUCAUCUAUCGCUCUGUGUGCGGUUUACCAUCCACCCAACUCACCUCAUGAAGAGGCACUACUGGAUUUCUUGUCUAAGUCGAUUGAUGACAUUCGCAGACAAUACCCAGACGUCGGAGUGGUUGUCCUCGGAGACCUUAACCGCCUGGACGUUGCCGGCCUGUGCUCGCAGCACUCACUGACACAACUUGUGAAGGUGCCGACUCGUGACAAUGCCAUCCUCGACCAGAUACUUGCGUCUCACUGCUUAGCCUCUUACUACCAAGAACCAACAACAGAUCCCCCGAUUGGCGACAGCGACCACAACUGCGUUAUCUGGGAGGGAAGUCCAACUCCUAACACCGGUAACGAGACACAAAAGAGACAGGUCCGCCCCCUGCGUGAGUCAGACAUGCGGGCCUUUGGAUGUUGGAUUACUCAGCAUACAUGGGAUGAAGUGUACUGUGCAGUUAACACACAGGAGAAGUACUCAGCGUUCUACACCACUCUCCUCAGUGCAGUGGACAGUUUCUUCCCUACCAGGACUGUACGAAUCCACAAGCAAGAUAAGCCUUGGAUAACUCCACAUCUAAAAACUCUGAUCAGAGACCGACAGAGGGCCUUUGCUGAAGGAAAUUACCCUAAGUGGAAACACCUUCGUAACAAGAUCAUUAAAACCAUUCAGUCCUCGAAGAAAGCCUUCUAA